AUGGAGCCGGAGCUCGACCUGGGACUCGAGGACUCUUCCCUGCAACGUUACUUAAACGGCGAGCACUGGACCCUCCAGAAAGAGCUGAGCAAGCUCCUGGGGGACUGUCCGCUCUUCAGGCAGAGGUAUGAUUUAAGUCUGGAUGAAAUGAGAGCAUUGACAGUUCAGAGACUGAAGUUUGUCAUGGGAUUACCGCUAUUAAAGCGUGCAAUUCAGGAAAAGGUGGAGAAAACGAAGAAUUUUGUCAACCGAGGCCUUAUCAUAGGUGAAGUACUUUCCGCAGCGGACAUGUCCACAGGUGUCAAGUGUGGAAUAAUUUAUUGGCUGUUUGGAGGUGCUAUCAGGAAUCUUGGAAGCCCAGAACAUGUAGCUAAAUGCUUCAGCCAUUGCAGGGAUCAGAAACACACUGGAAUGUUUGCAAUGACUGAGAGGGGCCAUGGAGCAAUGGUGAGAGGGAUCCAGACUGAAGCCACUUGACAUCUCUGCACAGGUGAGUUUAUAAUUGACACACCAUGUGAAAAUGCCCAGAAGAUGUACAUAGGAAAUGCGAUGUAUGGGAAUUAUGCAACAGUCUUUGCUCAGCUCAUCAUAAAUGGAAGAUCUCAAGGCCCCCACUGUUUCAUUGUUCCUAUUCGGGAUGAAAAUGGAAACUUGUACCCAGGAGUGACGGCUAUUGAUAUGCUGUAUAAAGAAGGUCUGCAUGGUGUGGAUAAUGGGAUUUUAAUAUUUAACAAAGUGCGGAUACCAAGGGAAAAUCUGCUAGAUAAGUAUGGUUCUGUGACUCCAGAUGGGCAGUACCAUUCUCCAAUUAAGAACAAGAGUGCAAGAUUCAAUGCGAUGCUGGCAGCACUGACCCCUACACGACUAGCUGUGACCUUCCAAGCCAUGGGCUCCAUGAAGGUUGGAUUGACCAUAGCCAUUCGAUAUAGUCACAGCCGGAGGCAGUUUGGGCCCAAAGACAAGGAAGAGGUCAAGAUCAUCAAACAUCAAACACAAUCCCUACGACUGAUGCCUCACCUGGCCACAGUUGUGGCCCUGACGUUCACGACCAGGUAUGUGGGAGCCCUCUUGGACAAAGACAUCUUCCAGGGGAAGGAUCUGAUCAAUAACCGCCCACUGCAGGCCUUAAUAGCGGGGCUGAAGGCUUACAGCACAUGGGAGAAUAAUAGCUGCUUGCAGGAGUGUCGUGAAUGUACUGGAGGCAUGGGUUAUAUGAUGGAAAACCGAAUCUCAGGUCUGAAAUGUGAUACUGAUGUGUUUGCAACUUUUGAAGGUGACAAUUACGUUAUGCUUCAGGUGGUGGCACGGGAGCUGCUGGCUCAAAAAACCAAAGAGUAUGAAGAAAGACCACUCUUAACCUUGCUCCAAAGCUGGGCUGACUCUGCGGGCAGCAUGCUGAAAACCAGUUUUCUGGCAUUUAAUGUGAACACAGUGGGCAAUCUUAGCUUUCUUUUGAAAGCAGUGAAUUUUCGUGAAAAUGUUCUUCAGCGGGGUUUGAUGGCCAGAAUUUAUUAUAAGGUAACAAACCAGAAAGAAGACUUUUUCAGUGCCUGGAACUCUUGUCUUCACCACAUAGCUGCCCUGUCCCUGGCACACGUUCACAGAGUGACUUUAGAACAGUUCUCCCUGGCAGUGCGGUGCUGUCCCAACCAGGAGGACCAGGCCCUACUAAUGAAGUUUUGCCUGUUAUAUGGAACCAACUUGGUUUUCCAGGAGCGAGCCUGGUAUCUAGAACAUAAAUAUUUGACUCCCACGGACAGCAUGAGGAUUAGGAGUCAGUUACUGCAUCUGUGUGACUCGGUGAAAGAUGAUGCCUUGAGGUUGACCGCCGCCUUCAACAUUCCUCGCACUUCCCUUCAUGCGCCCAUCGCAGGCAUCAGGAACGCGCAGGCCCCCUGGGCCUUCUACAAGGCACCGCGGCUCCCCCAGGCCAGAGCCGCGGCGGCGGCGGCGCCCUCUCCACAGUCCCAGCUGGGUGCCAAGUUAUAG